CGACCAGUUGCCUACCGGCUUGUACAACGGAACGCUUCGAAGUCAGGCCAAUCAACGUGGGUGGUUUCCUCUUUUCCUCUGCUUACCGUUUGUGCGGACGUACCACUGCCCAAUGGUUUGUAAUGAGAUCUAACUUAUUUUGUUUGGAUGGUGUCCACCGAUCAUUAUUCGAAUGAGAAAUUAUGUCGUUUACGCGCAGUAUCGAUAGUAUCCACCCAGAUGAGCCAGUCAGCAGUGCAGUCGAAGAACACAACGGAGUGCUAAUCACCCAAAAACCACGCCCGGAACGCGUGGCUGGAAGGCAUUGCAUUCACAUAUGUAAAGCUGUGCUUGCGCACAUCGGGUUGGCACUGAUACUGGUGGCAUAUGUGAUCGGUGGGGGUUACAUGUUUCGGGCAUUGGAGCUGAGUAACGAAUACUCAGACUGCACACAGCGACAGCACAACUACCGGAAGAUACUAAACUUUUCUACAGCACGAGUAAUGGCUCUCACUGAAUCUCAAAUGGAUGGAGGCACAGACGACGGCCAAGUGAGUGAUGCAAUGGUGGAGUUUGCCCGUCAAGUAUUCAGCUUGGAUUUUCAUCCGGAUGCAAACUGUUCGGCCAUCAUUCACACCAACUUCGGCGCGCGCUGGAAUGUGGGCAACGCUAUGUACUUUUGUGUCACCAUCAUCACUACAAUAGGUAAGUAA